AGUUUAUCACAUCAAAAGCCUUUUUUCUUCAAUGAAGUAUCAUAGGUAGAUGGAUAAUUAGAUCAAAAUGAAUUUAAUAAGAUUUACUAUUAUUAUUUAUUAUUAUUUACAAAAAAAUAAUUUAUUUUGUAACAAUUGUGCUUUUAAUAAAACCGUUUUAAAUUUUCUAGUUUAUAAUUUGUUGUUACAUUUAUGUACAUUUUAAUUUCUUUUACAAUUAAUUCAUAUCUUUUUAUCAAUUUUUAAUGAUAUUUCAUUAAAGAAAAAAUAAUUCAGAAAAUGCAUAAUUAUAAGUUUUUUAUUUUUGGUUGUAUAUUUACUUCGUUAACGUGGUCUAUAAGCUUGUUCAUGUAUUGGAAACUUAAUUCUAAGCAUAUUGAUCUCUAUUCACAAAAACAGAUUUUAUAUCCCAGAAGUACAUAUGAUUACACAAAUAAACAAGAACUGAAGUAUCUGAAAUCCCAUAUUAGGUUAGAAGAAUUAGGAGUUAUCAAAACAGAUAAUGAUAUUUAUAUUAGGGAUAAAGGUUACAAAGAUCAUGGUUUUAACGCUUUGAUUAGUCUGAGACUUGGAGAUUACAGAGAACAUCUACCUGAUACAAGACAUAAAUUAUGCUCUUAUUUAAAAUAUGACCAAAACUUACCAGAAGCAAGCAUAAUUAUUUGCUUUUAUAAUGAACACCCUCAAGCUCUUUUUAGAACAAUACAAUCUGUAAUUAGACGAACACCUUAUAAUUUAUUGCAUGAAGUUAUAUUAAUAGAUGAUUACAGUGAUCACAAUAAUUUACAUGAAACUGUUAAUUCAUACAUUGUAUCUCAGAAUUUACAAAAUAUAAUUCAUUUGAAAAAAACAAAUAAAAGAGAAGGACUGAUUCGAGCAAGGCUGUUUGGUGCUAAAUUAGCUACAAGCCAGAUAUUGAUAUUUCUAGACAGUCAUGUAGAAGUCAAUAUUGACUGGAUUCAACCUCUUUUAACAAGAGUAAGAGAUAAUCGAACUCAAAUUAUUGCUCCAAUUAUUGAUAUCAUACAGCCAGAUACAUUUGAUUACAAAUCUUCUCCACUUGUAAGAGGUGGUUUUAAUUGGGGUUUACAUUUCAAAUGGGAUAGUUUACCAAAAGGCUCUUUAAUUACAGAUGAAGAUUUUAUCAAACCAAUCAAAACACCUACAAUUGCUGGGGGUCUUUUUGCUGUGGAUCGAGAAUAUUUUAGUGAGAUUGGAGAAUAUGAUCCAGGAAUGAACAUUUGGGGUGGUGAAAAUUUGGAACUAUCAUUUCGAGUAUGGAUGUGUGGUGGCUCUCUUUUCAUUGAGCCUUGUUCUAGAGUUGGACAUGUAUUCCGAAAACAUAGACCAUACUCGGCUCCUAAUAAUGAAGAUACCAUGGCCAGAAAUUCUUUACGUUUAGCUCAUGUUUGGUUGGAUGAUUUUAAAAAAUUUUUUAUAAGUAAACGUUUAGAUCUUAUUAAUAUAAAAUAUGGUGACAUAACUGAAAGGAAAGAGUUACGAAAAAAAUUAGGAUGUAAAAAUUUUGAAUGGUAUCUUGAAAACGUUUAUCCAGAAAUAUUAUUGCCUACAGAUAAUAUUGAAAAUGUAAAUAAAAAACUAAAAAUUGUAGAUAGACCUGCUUUUCAACCUUGGAACAAACGAAUUCGUAACUACACAGCAAAAUUCUUGAUUAAUUUGAGCAAUUCAAAACUGUGUGUUCAUCCUCUAAAUGGUUACCAAACUAAAAAUAGCAAACUUGUACUAAGGCCAUGUAUCCAAAACAUGGAGCAGAUAUGGUAUAAAACUGAUAAAGAAGAAUUAGUAUUAGCUAAACUUUUAUGUUUGGAUAGUUCAUCUGGAAAACCUGUAAUAAGCAAGUGUAAUGAAAUUGGAAGUACACAACGAUGGAAAUAUUCUGAUAAUACAGAAACGGCAUUAUAUAAUUUAGCAGCUGGUACAUGCUUAAGUGUUAACAUUAAAAAAGUUAAUGCUGAAAUUGUUAUGGACAUUUGUACCAAUGAAAGUUCUUUGAAUAAGUGGAAUUUAAUUGAAAUUUUCUAAUUAUAAUAUUAUACAUAUUGUACACAUUUUUUUAUAAGAUAUUUUUUUGAUUUAAUAGUAUGCAUAUAAUGUUCCAGUAUUAAGUGUAAAUUUGAACAAAUUACUUUCUAUAAAUUAUUUUAAUAAAUGCUGCUCAUGAACUAUA